GCAAAUGGCGUCUGAUCCGAAUGGACAUUUCGCGGAUUAUGUCACAUCAGUGUUUCAAUAUUUGUCCUGGAAACCUAUUGGAAGGACCCUUGCCUGGAAUUAUUUAACUACCAACUGGGACUACUUUCUGCAAGAACGUUUUACUGAGCGGGAUACCGAGAUGUAUUACAUUAUCUCUUAUAUAUCUGAAGGAUUCAGCACCUUUGAAGAGCUGGAAAAGUUACAGGUGUUCGUUGCAGACGUCACGAAGGACCUUAGCUUAAGGUACUUCAUAAGUUAUGCGUUCCAAAGAGCGAUUGAGAGGACAGUGAAUAAUAUAGAGCGGGCGUCAGUAUAUGUUCCAGUGAUGGAGAAGUGGCUAAAUGAUCAAGGAUAUUGAAACAUACUACAGACAUUGAUACUGGGUCAUCCGUCAAUUGGACUGCCACAUGAAAAUUUACAUUGAAAGACGUACAUUACAACAACAGCAGCAACAAUUACUUUUAUUUCCAGUCAGGUUACAACAUGGUAACAACAUGACAAUAAAGCAAGAAGUUUUAACACGAUUAUACUGAAAUAGGAACAAACAGGAAUUCUUUUGAAACUAUUUCUGGAAUUAUAUUUUCUCACUUCAUUACUGUAAAAGCACAUAAUUUCGUUGGAUAAAAAUUUCGCGAAUUUGAAAUUUUGUGUAUGUUCGCAAGGUUUAAAUUCGCAAAAAACGGUAUCCUACCGGUACUUGAAUUUAAUCAUACUAAUGGUGAAUAUAUUUACGCGAGGAUUAAUUUUCGCGAUAUGUAGGGCUUCGCGAAUAUAGCGAAAUUUAAACCCUCGCGAAAAAUUCUGCUUUGACAUUAUUUACACGUUUAGUAGGGAAAAAGAAAAUGUACUGGACGAAACAGCUCAACCUCUAUAUGCUGUUUUACGCGUAUUAACAAACAAAAAUUUACAAAAAAGCACUUUAUUGAAAUUUAGCAUUCCCUUAAAACAAUAAGGAAAGGAAUGUUCAAUCAAAAUCAAAAUACUAUCAUACACAUUUCCUAUUUUGAACAGUCACAUAUAAGGUCGAUCCAUAAAGAUCAUAUGCUGGAAAUUUUUUUCUUGUAAAAUGUUAGAAUCUACAUCACUGUAUUUUCAUCAAUGUUGUUCGUGAGCUUUCUUAAAACACAUUUUUUUUGUGAAUUUUCCUAACUAUUAUAAAGUAAGGUGUUGAAGUUAUUUUAUUUGAAAACAAAAUACUGUAAAUCUAUAAUUUUGAAAUUUUGACAUUUUGUUGACAAUAUAUUGAUUUAAAUGGGUACUUAAUUUGAAAGAUGAACGCUUAGUUGGUAAAAUUGCGGAUGGCAGGUUAGCUUUUUUUUGUUUAGUAUAUUUUAUUAUUACAUUGUUACAGGCUACACUUACUUUAGUUUAGUUUCUGUAAUGUACGUACAUUA